UUGGGUUGCGUGUGGCUGAGUCUCUGUAACGUAUAAGAGAGAAGCAAACCAUUUGUGAAUGAUUCUAUAAAAGAAUCAAGAAACCGUAGCGUGAAGCAAAUCUCCAUCGUCGAUUCUCUUUCUUUCUCCGAUUGAUUCUCUCUGCAUUGUAGGAGAUGGCGAGUAUAUGUCGUGGAGGAGGAGGAGGAAGCGCGUGUGCCGUUCGUUGUGAUCGGCGAACGGUUACAGCUCGACCUUCGUGUGUGGCGGUUCCGGUGACUAAUCGGCGGAAGUGGACAGAGAACGGGAAAGUCUCGAUGACGAUGGCGGAUUUUGCACCGGUGAAGCCCGAGCGGAAACGCGGCGGAUCCGUCGUGUCGCGGGAGAAGCUUGACGAGUGGUUGAGGGAUUCGGUCGUUGAGAUCGUGAGGAAUCUGAGAGAAUCGUCGUUGAUGGUGAACUUGUACGCGGAAGGGAACGGAGGUUUGACGACGACGGCGACGAAUCCGGCGGCGGAGGAUUGGGAGGCGAUGGAGGGGAGGUGGGGGAGAGGAGAAGAGAGGACGCCGGAGGGAGUGGUGUUGGUGGAGAAGCUAGCUGACGAUGAAGUAGCGGAGAGAGAUGAUUACGAUGGAGGCGCGUGUGGGGAAGGUGCAACGAGCGCGUGGGGGAUACUCGCGCAGGGAAGGGGAACGGAUAGUGGACCGGUUUGCUACUUACUGAAAACGACCCGGGUCGGGUCGGGUGUGGGGACGGUUUGUACACAUUUUAGCUUGGUGAAGGUGAAGAGUUUUAGGGAGACGGCUGUGUCGCAGUUGAAUAACUCGUGGUUGGUGCAGACUGGUCAAUGAAAUAAGUCUCAUGGUGAUUUAUUAUGGUGGUCAAAGGCCAUUGUGAUUUGUAAAUUAUUUAUUCCCUUUGGGUUUGAAUUAUGAAACCCUUAUGGAUGAUCAUCAUACCUUUGCUAUUGUUACAGUAUAAUACAUGAUCUUUGUUAUUGGAUUUGUGUAAAUGUAAACUUCUUAGGUUAUAGAUUAUGGUGGCUUGAUCAAGAACAA